GCGGCUGCUGAUGAAAAAAAGGUCAGAAAGAGCGACAGUUAUGAUGAGGAGAACAUUUAAAAAGCGACUUGCUGUUUGAUAACUACACAGUAAUAACGAUUGAUUUCAUCACUACACAAUAAAAGAGGUUUUAUGUCGCGUUUUUUUUUUCUCAUGAACGGAUGUUUACCGAACGGUUUCGGUCCUCUUCAGAUAACCUUUGGUAGUGUUCUCUGGGACAUCUGCUACCACCAUCAGUGGGUCAUAAGGAGGUAUGGUUCCACCCCAAACAAAACUUCCUAAAGAUGUCCAUGGGAUCCACUUGUCAUCACAUCUCUGUCAACAUGACCUCAGAUAAACCAAAAACUUUGAUGAGAACAUUAGAGGAUGUUCAUCCUCAGAAAAUGUUGCUGAACCCCUCCCUGAUUCCUUCUCUGGACCCCUACUUCUCCCAAAAUCUCUUGGACAUCUUAGCCAGUUCUGUCCUUCCUCCAUUUCUGGAGGGAUCAGCCAGCCAGUGCGAGAUGGCGUUCCUCCCCAGCCCAGGAUCCCUCUUCAACAUUCUGUCCCUCAGUGGAAGCAUGAAAGAUUCCUAUCGGGAUGAUUCAGAAAUUCCAGGUACACUGGAUGUAUUUUUAAUUCCAAUGCCAGGCCAAAAUGGCAAAGCGCCUUUUCCACUGCAUGGAUCCAGUGCUGCUCCAGACUGUGGGCCAGACAGUGAGGAUGUGCAUCACUCCACUAUUCAUCUUACUAAUGACCACAUUUCUGUCUUUAAACCCACACAUUUAUUGACCCAAGAAGCAGUAGCAGGAUUUGAAAUUCCUCCUAUCUCCCCAGUGCAGCCCAGUGCUGGUAAGUCAGAAUGUGACAAGCCAAUAUUUGAAGGUGUGCCAGAGGAAGCUGUGAAGGAGCGCAUACAGUGGCACCUCGCUAGGCAGGCAGCUUUGCAAAACCGAGCUUUGGAGCUGCAGAGGACACUGCAAAUUCAGAUAGGGCACCACACUGUCCAACACUACAGUCAUCAGCUGGACGAGUUGCUGAGGCAUUGCCAAACUGAAACGGUGUCUUUUGACUCCCUGUCUCCUGAGAAAUUUCUUCCAUCAGCGGGUAGCAAACUCUGUUUUCCUGAGCAAGAGUCAUCUGGAGCCUCAUCAUAUUGGACGGAGCUCUUAGACUUUGGACACUCCAGUACAGCGGCCCUGAGACACCUACAGGAAUCCUUGGACUCCGAGGCUACGGCCACCAGUAGUUCAGAUGAGGAGCCAGCAGAUGACAGGUUUCACACAGGAUCCAAUUCACAAGCCAGCAGCUGUGAGAUGCGCUGGCUGGAAGAAAGAGCAGAACUGGGCAGCAGGUGGAGCUGGUUACAGCUGCAAAUGUCUGAGCUGCAUGAGAGGAUAAAACAGCUGGGAGAGCUCCACCAGUGCAUCAGAGCCAACAAGUGUGGCGUGGUGCUGGCAGAGUGCCAGCCUCUGACAGACAGACAGAUCCAGCAGACUCUGCUGACAGAUGUUGCAGGGUUGUCCUGUGCAGCCUUGGACCAAGACAAUGAAUACUGCUGUCCUGCACUACUUCUCCAGAACAUAGAGAGACAGAGUGCUGAGCUGAACUACAUAGUCAACAGUCUGAAGUCUCCUCUCAGCUUUUCACCGCUCUCCAAACAAAAACAAACCCAGAAAGGCAAAAGACGCUUCACAAGUGGUAAGAGAAGAGACAGGGUUUUUGUAUUGGGAAGCUCCAGAAGGUGGCGACGUGAUGUGUCAUGGGUUUGUGCCCGAACUCGACCUUUGGUCACCUACCACAAGCCCAAAUUGUUCACCUUCAGCACCUGCAAACCACAGGAUUCAAAGAAAUACACUUUUAUCAAUUCCUGUUCUUGGGAUCCCACGGCCCUGCACUGUGAUCCAGAUAGCUGCUUCACUCGUACUCUGUCUUCCAGCUUCAGCCCUCAGCCUGUGUUGUCUCGUUCUGUUGACACUCCUCUGUCCUGUCACAUACAGCAUACUCUGUUCAGAAAUGAAUGGACCCAAAGGUCUUCUUUCAGCAGUGCUCAGUUGUCCAGUUCAGAACACAACAGCUCAACAACAUUGCACAGCAGUCCCAAAUAUGAGACUCCUUCAAGGCAUUAUAAAAAUAAAGUGGUGGGUUUGCCACACAUGUACUUACCAGGGUCUACAAAGAACCAACACAGGACAGCCUUUAAGAGGAAACGAAAGAGAAAUACCAGCAGCACAAUAACUGAAGAGGAAGAGGAGGCUGAUAUUUUACACCAACUGUAUAACCCGGUAAGAAGUUCACAUGAUGUGCUGGAGAAAAGUGACACAGAAUCCUCCCAGGUUGUUGUUCACAGCUUCCAGGAUGAGUGCGACUACAAAAUCAACACCAUGGUUCCUGAGUCACAGACUAAAGUGGACAAGCUGCACCACAAAGACAUCCCUACACCCAGUUGGCGGGUCGUCAACACAAAGUAUCUGAUGAAGAUGGAGGCCGAGGACGAGGGGCAGGUGGAGGUGCUCACUGAUGAAGUCUUUGCCCAGAGACACUUGGAAUUAGAGCAGAAACUGCAGUGGUGCAGUGGUAGCCGUCAUCACAAGAGGAGGAUUGGGGUGUACAGUUCAGCGGUGAAGAGCUCUAGGAAACGGAGUAGUGCUCAGCUGGAAACCCAUCAUCAGCUGGUCUCAGAGGAGUAUCUGCCUCAAGCACAGUGGGAGCGGCGAGUUUUUCCUCUGGACGAUGAAGGAGAAGCUCUGCUCUUCUCUUCUUCAGAAAGAGUCCUUUCUCAUUGUGUCUCCUCAUUAUCAAAGAACAUUUGACACUCAUCAUUUCCUAUUAUCUUUUGGUAUAACACCGCCCUCUGAUGGACAAAGUGUGAGUGACACAGCCAGUCCUACUUAACUGGCUUUUGUGUUACAAGCUUAUGCGCAUAAGAAUAUACGUAUUACAUAAAUCAUUUCACCCUUCAUUUGUUCACCUUUAAAUUAAUUCAUAAUUUGCACAGUGUCAGUGAUUGGCUCAUUUAUUUAAGAAAUGUUACUUCAAAAUGACCUCAUUCUUUUAAAAAUUUAUUCCACAAUUCACUCAGCAAAUCAGAAUUACUGACAUUUAUUCUUCAGUAGUCUUAUUAGUCCUCAUUUAAACCACGGAUCUUUUAGCAAACAGUUUUGUCAUUCAUUGAUUCUUCACUCAUCUGUCCAGCUAUUUAUGUAUUGCAUAAAUGAGUAUUUAAUUUAUUUAUUAAAUAAAAAAUAAGAAAUAUUUUGUUUUUUCUGUCAUUGCUAAUAUCAGUUCAAGUUUUUGUUCUGUUGUUUAAUGUGUCAUUAUUUUAAUUUAUAAAUUGGCUGACUGUAAACUACACCACAAUUCUGAAAAUGACCAAAUCUGUGUCUGUUACAUGUAAAUCUGGCAGGUCAAAAACUCAAAAAGCAAAUAUCGUUUGUCCAGUGUUUUCAGGCACCUUGUAAAUUUACCUGGAGAUGCGUAAUUAGAUUUUUCUAAGCAAAAUUGUCAUUUUCAGUGUUUGUUUUAAAGCACAUUAGAAAUCCCGUUGCUCACAAUGCAGGCGUGCUCAUGCUAACAUUAGCUGUUACCAUCGUUAUGUGAUGCUAGCAAGUUUUCAUGCUAAUGUUAGCCAGUUAGCAUUGCAUUAUUGUUGUUACUGUGAGUAAACUGAUAUGUGAAUGAUUAAAUCCUUUGGGAAUAACUGCUU